AUGACUUCUGCAUUAUAUUAUCAAUCAAUGAUAGUACCUCCACAACAACAACAGCAGCAACAACAACAAACUCCGCAAAUACCUAUGUAUUAUCAUCCACAACAACAUCAAUCACAACUAAUACAACAACAACAAGCUCAUCAUAUGCUUCCAUCAUCACAAGUACAAAAUCGUGAGCAACAUCAUCAACCAAAAGAGUUGCAUAAACCAAAAGGUCGAAUGAGUGCAUAUACAUUUUUUGUCCAAAAAUGUCGAGAUGAACAUCGAAAAGCAUAUCCAAAUGAAAAUGCAAAUUUUAGUGAAUUUUCAAAGAAAUGUGCUGAAAAAUGGAAGACAAUGACUGAAAGUGAUAAAACAAAAUUUGCUGCACAAGCUGAAGCUGAUAAACAACGAUUUGAACGUGAAAUGGCUGUUUAUCAACCUGGUGAAAAACGAACGAAAAAAAAGAAAAAAGAUCCACUCGCACCAAAACGACCAUUAUCAGCGUUUUUUCAUUAUUGUAAAGAAGAACGACCAAAAUUAAAAGCAUUAAACGCAAGUUUAUCUGUCGGUGAAAUAGCAAAAGAAUUAGGUGAUAGAUGGAAUCAUACAGCACCUGAAGGAAAACUAACUUAUGAAGAAUCAGCACAACGAGAUAAAGAAAGAUAUGAAAAAGAAAUGACUGAAUUUAAAUUAGCAAAUAAAAAAGCAGCAAAAUCAAAUUCAGCAUCUCAGGUAUUACCACCGCCACCACCACCACCACAACAACAGCAUCAUUCUGAGCAACAAAUGAGGAUACACCAGGAUCAACAACAACAACAACAACGACAGUACUCUUCUCCGUCAUAUCAAUUACCAACAUUUAAUCCAAUGCAAUCUUUUCAACCACAAGCUUUUGCUCCAAUGAAUAACUUCCAAGAUAAUAGUUUGACAAACUCUCUUUUUCCUCACUAUAAUGCUUAUUCAUUACCAAUGCCACAUAACAAUGUUCAAAUGCAACAAUUUCAAACUUUACAACCACCACAACAUCAUGUUCAACAUCAAACGUAUCAGACAUUAACAUCAGUUAAUAAUAAUCGACAUGACGAUGAUGAUGAUAAUUGUGAUGAUAAUAAUAAUAAUAAUACAGAAUCCGAGGAUGAAGAAUAA